AUGAUAAAAGCGUUUAAAAACAACAUUCGGAAGGAUAAUCAUGAUAAAAAGUGGGAUGAAGUGGGUGGUUUAGAUGGUUUCAUUAAUUCUGUUGAAAAGUUAGGUCAAGAUUACCGUCAUUUAGAAACUGAUAAUAAUUGGCGAGAAGUUUCUUCAAUCUGGGGCCGUUUACUCACCGGAACAAGAUUUAAAAAAAAUGAUGAAAAAUCAAGAAAGUGGCUUUAUACUGUAUGGAGAAAUAAUCGUCGAGAUAUCAGAGCCAAAUUUUUGGGAAAGAAAACCAUCGAUAUUUCGUCUGUUAACACUGAUGAUAAAAAUAACUCAACGUUAUCUACAAUUCCGUCUAUUGAACGGAAAGCAACGUGUUCAGCUACAGAUGAAACUCUGUCAAAUAUUCCCAAAAGUACUUUAUGUUUCUUGCUUUCGUAUGGUGAAUGGACAACAAUUUUUGAUCAUAAACAAUAUAAAUUAAAAGAUAAGUGGACAAAUAUAUUCAACCAGAAACUGAUUGAAGCAGGAUUAACCUGCACCGUAAAAUUUCAAUAUCACCAUGUUAAACAAAAACAAUCUCGUAAGAGAAAUUCAGCAUUUUUUUCGUGCAUGGCUCAUUGUAAAAUUAAACUGUGCUGCAUCGUUCUAUGUAUCAAAUUAAAAGAUGAACCCCAAAAGAACAUGCUUGCGUUAUUUUCCGUCGAAAUACUUGGUGAAGAGCAUCACAAUGCAGAAGAAGAAGUAGCUGGUCGACAACUAACCGGUGAUGUUAGAUUAGAAAUGGGUGAAUAA